CUAUUGCCUGAUUCAAGCAAAUCUGGUGACAAUCUAUUGAAUCAUUUAUCUGAGUCUCCAAUUGAGUCACACUUUGUAUUUAUCGGCUAUUAUUGUGCUCUCAAUUCACUGCUAAUUGACACAAAUUGAGUGUCCAUUUGAUGCAAAUGGUGUGAAAGCAUACAAAAUGUUUUCAUCUGUGAUAUGUUGACAUUUGUAUGGAUAUUGGAUUUGUUUAUACUAUAGAUUGUGUGAAAUGAGUGGAAAAUAGUCACUAAUUCAGUGUCUAUUGAGAGGUUUGAUUGGAUUUAUAGUGACUUUUUCGUUGACUGAAGAAGCGUUUGAAUCGAUCGGUGGUCACAAUGGAUGGCAUUGACUCCAAUAGAGUGGGAAUGUUAACCAUUGAGUGGGAAAUGAUGAAUAAGAAGCGAUUCUUCAUCCUUUCGGCCAUCAAUUCUCUGGGUCUGAGGUGUGUCUUAUAUCCGCUGACUGUCAUCAAAACACGUCUUCAGGUCCAAAGACACGGACAGCUCUACAGAGGUACUUUUGAUGCCUUCAGAAGUAUCAUCAAAACCGAAGGCUUUUCUGGUCUUUACAAAGGCUUUUGGAUCAAUUCAGUUCAAGUGGUUUCUGGAAUCGGUUAUAUCUUAACCUAUGAGAAGGUUAGGGAUAUUCUCUCCAAGAAUGACAUUCACGACAGUCGUCUCAAAGGGCUGAUCGCCGGAGGCUGUGGGUCUUUAGUCAGUCAAACGAUUAUUUGUCCAUUCGAUGUGAUAUCACAGCAUCUGAUG